AGUUAAUAAAAAUGUUUCAACUAAAUGGACAGUACUCAAGAGGAGUGAAUCCUCUAGCGAAGAAGUUUAUACUCCCAGCUAUGCUUGUUACUUCUGUUGCUUAUAUGCAGUACUCUACCAUUAUGGAUGCUCGAUCACAGAAAAAGGCUGCUCUUAGAAUGCUAUCAAAAAUCCCAAUGGAUAUAAAAGACUUAAAUAAAUUCAAUACUUUUGAGAUCAACGCAAUUACUCGCAGGAAUACUUUGAAGAAUAAGUUAGUUGGUCGUCAGAUCCUCAAGUCCUGUGCCAAGUCUAGAGCUACUGCCUCUAGAAAUAAGCACUUGAAGGAUGAAGAAGAUUUUGGAACCAGCUCAACUUACUCCAAGGCAUCAGUCGAUACUGAGAGUUCAGUGUGUAACCUGAAGGAUUCCAAGAGUAUCCUAAAGUCUUCUGAACUACUAGAGAGUUCAAAGACGAAGAGUGUAACCUUUACUAUCUAAAUAAUUGAAAGUGCA